AUGGCUGAUCAUCUUCAACAGAUUUUCUCAGGUCAAUUUCUUCCUGCACGCCGCCCUCCAGACCAGACAGUGAUGAUUUCAUCACCAAUUGCAAUUGAUGAAUCAUGUCCUUUUACUCAUCUUUCUGUAGAGAGUGCAAUUCUCAAGCUUCCUACACGCAAGGCUCCUGGUGUUGACCAUCUUCGUGCUGAAAUGCUUCACCCAAUUGUUAAGCAAGUCUCUCCUGUUCUUUGUCUUUUGUUCCAGCUUUGUUGGCAAUGGGCAAAGGGGACUAUUGAUCCAUCUCUUCUCAUCUCUCGUAAUUGUGUCUCUGCUAUCAACAGCAUGCGUGCUCUUCAAUCACUUGGUGUCAAUCACACUGGGUUGUCACGUCUACUCUCAAUUCGUUUGUAUCACCAGUUUAUUCGUCCACAAUUUGAGUAUGGCCUGGCAAUAUCCUGCUUCAACAUCAAACAAGUUGCUGUGCUUGAAAAGGCCCAGAACACAUGCUUACGCAUGAUUUUUGGAGGUCACUCCACAUCUUCUACAUCUGUUUUCCGUCACCUUGGGAAUCUUCCUAGCAUGAGGGAGAGGAUCUUGACUCUUGGUUUCAAGUUUGUAUAUCGUGCUUUCUGGUUGCCUGAUGAGGCUCUGUUUACUCUUCUUCGACCUGUUCUUACAAACCCAGCACACCAAUGGUUUAAGCUUUUAGCUAAUCCCAUUUGGUUGUCUCUCUCCAAUCGUCAGAAUGCUGAUUCUAAAGCUUGCAAGCAUGCCAUUCGUUCAUUUUUGAACCAGGGCCUCUUCUUGCAACGCUCUCAACAAAUACUUCUCUCUGCUUGCCAUCCUUCUCUUGGUGUUGACCCUAUUCUCUGGCUUCCCAUGACUAACUAUGAACGUAGUAGAUUCAUACGUUGGCGUAUGGGGUGGCUUCCUGGACGUCCUCAACCUUGUUCCUGUGGAUUGCAUACCACCAGCCGUCAUCAUGUCAUUGAGUGCACUGGAGCUGCAAUUCGUCUCCAUCUCUAUUCUACAGUAUAA